AUGAGUUCCAAACCGACGACGCCCUCAUUUUUGUCGGCAGCGGGCAACUCGCGCCACGCUCGCUACUUCGCAUUUGCUUUCUUCGGCAUCGCGCUGCUCAUUUCCCUUCACAUCUUCGGCCCCAGCAUCGGCAACUUAUCCUUACAUCGUGGCCAGGAGCCAGACGCGGCAGUGCCGAGCGACGUGCCCAUCCCCGAGCCUCAGGUCGAGCGCAACUACAGCAUCCCAAACCACCUACACCUGCUGUACGCCCUCAAGGAUGAUACGUCCAACUUCAACUUCCAGUUCAAGAACUACCUCUGCCUAUACGGAGCCGUCAAGGUUUGGGAGCCCGAGAAGAUCUACUUCCACACCAACGCCGGCCCCGAGGCCAUUGAUCGGGCUCGAUCCGGCGCUGGAGGCAAAUGGAGUCAAUUAAUCAUGAACCACCCGGGCCUCAUUAUCAAUCAUGUUGAGCUACAGACGAACGCCGGCAACGGCAUGGAGAUUACCGGCAUGGAGGCCCGGUCCGAUUUUGCCAGAGCCAAGGUCCUCCAGGAGUAUGGUGGCUAUUAUAUCGAUUUCGAUGUGCACGCCCUCCGUGAUAUCAGGCCGCUGCUCAAGUCCGGAUACAAGGCCAUCAUUGGCAUCGAGUUCGGCGGCCUCAUCAACCUCGGCGUGGUCUUCACCGCCGCGCGCUCCCUCUUCAUCGAUCAAUGGGUCACCGGCAUGAACGCCGCCUUCGACGGCGGCUACGUCACCCACUCCAACCACGUGGGCACCAAGAUCCGCCAGCACCUCGAGGGCCAGGGCAACGAGCUGCUCGUCGUGUCCCAGACCACCUUCCACCCCGUCGACUGGACCAACGAGGGCCGCCACGAGCUCUGGGUCAACCACGACUUCGACGACGGCACCUUCACCAACAACCUCGAGAACCACCGGGACGGCGACCCGCUCCCCAGCUUCGAGCACGAGUACCGCGAGCUCGAGCAGUACCGGUGGGACGCGCCGGGACAGGAGUACAUCAGGCCCGAGUGGUCCAACUGGAACUGGCGCCGGUCGUACAUGGUCCACGCCUUCCGCAACCACGGCGCGCACAACUACGAGCACAUCUCGCCCCGGUACGUGCUCGAACGCCGGAGCGAGUACGCACGCAUGGUGUAUCCUUGGGUGUGGGAGCUGUACCGCGACGGCAUCGUCAGCAUCCACGACGACUAUAUGGGGAAAGUUGCAGCGUGA